AUGAGCCGUAUAUUUGUCAAACAGGUGCCUAAACUCGUCCGUCAGCACCUACCUCGUGUCCCUCAGCUCGGAGCUGUUGCGGUGGUCGAGGCUUUGGAAGAUGUAGCGUGCCUAAGGGAACGUGAUAAACAUGUAGAGGAAUUCAUAACACACUGCGUGUCACGUGCUCUUGCACUGCUACCCGAUCUCAGGGUACCCGGGGUAAUACGGGCAUUAUUUGCCUAUAAGAAAGCCGAUGUACACUCACAAGUAUUUCUUGAAGAGGUGGCCAAGUUCAUACUAGAAGAAUGUGGACAUGGACGGUUGUACGAAUCCUUCCUCGAAAAUUGUACAGCUAACGAUAUACUACUGCUAUACAAAGCAUUCGCUGUAAACGAAUACUUCAAUAUCCAACUAUACACUCUAUGCAUGGGUCUUAUAGCGACUCAAACACCUCAUAUGAUACCUUCCGACUGUGUCAUCUUCUUUCAGUCGCAUUUGAAGUAUCUGAGGGCCUUUGAAACUGGAGGCUUCGCGAAAUACAGCGAUACCGCCAUGCAGCAUAGAGUUAUGAACGCUCCCCUUGCAACGGAGAUUACAUUGCAAUUUCUUAAGCAGAAGGAUGCCACGCCGGAGGAUCUCACAUCAUUUGCCGAAUGGCUAGUACCCAUGGGAGAGUAUUACGGGAUAUGCGAUGCUAUAUGUGAUCUAGUGGCCCAGCUUCAUUUGAAUUUAUCCCAAAAACCCGUCAUAUUCAGCAUCGAUCAUAUCCACAGACUCGUACAAAGCACGUGCAAACUCCACGCUCAUACAGAUACUCGCUACCAUCGAGCUGCAAGGACUUUUAUUGAAAGCCUAUUGCACGAGGCAGAGAGGCGCAGUGACGUCCAUAAAUACGAAGACGCUCUUGCAUCACUCUAUGCACUUGAUAGUGUGGAUUUAUGGCGAUUGGAGCUUGUGAGCGGACUUUUGUAUAGCGUCAUAAACAACGUGGAUUGUUCAGAGGAUGCAGCGAGGAUACGUAAAAUCAUUAAACGCAUGCUGCAAUCGACGGACGUAACACAAAAAACAAUCGAUUCUAUGACAAUCGAAUUUACUAUCGAUAUUUGUCCAUCGGAAUUGGCGGUAUUGAGGCUACGAGAGAUGCUAGACCUUCUAGAUAAACGCAAAUACAGUGCAAUAACAUAA